CGUGGUGGCCAUCACUGGUGCGCGUUUGCCCCUGUUGGAAAACAGAUUUGACCGCUUCAGGUUUGAACAUUUCAGCAAGGCUGCCUCCCAUGUUUAUUUGGAACUAAUCCUGCUGGGAGCGCGCGUUGCAAGUUGCAAGGCAACUUUCGGAAAGUGCCCGGCCCAUCCAAUAGAUUGCUUCGAAGCUAUUCUGCCAUCCACGAAAUAUGAGUGCUCUGUGAGAACAUUUCCGUUGAAACAUGUCAUCAAAUCGAGGAACACGCAAUGGAUUGGGACCUGGGUUGGGGGGGCGUGGGACAGGCUCCACGGGCCGCUUGCCUUCCUUCAAGGGCAAGCGAGACCUGUCUUUGGGUCAAGCCAAAGGGCCAGGGACAGCGGGUGGGGGGGGGACAGCGGACAAGAAGAAAUUCACGCCCAAUCUGAAUGUACAACGCAAAUCCAAGGAAGUCCCAGGCCCGUCUUCGGCCGCCGGAUCCAGUCCGGGCAUCGGUGACGCCUCCCAGGUCCGAGGAGGGCGAGGCCGGGGAAGAGCAGAGGCGCGAGGUGGGCGUGGUGGACGCCCCGAUUUCAAAGCUCGAAGCCGUCCCGAGUUGAUCCAAACCAUGGGAUCCGUGUUCAGUGAUGGGAUCAGCGUGGAAGGCAUUAAACGACGGUCAGGCGGGUUUGGCGGGCAGAUCUCGGAAGGUGAGCGGUCGCAAAUGGCCCGACCCGUGCUGCCUGCCCGUGGUAGUGGCUCUCAGUAUGACAAGGAGGCGGAAGAGAAGCGGCUGAAAGCGUUGCUGCAAGACGAUUUUAUCGCCGACCUGAGUUGUGAAGGCCUCUAUGUGCCCGUUCAAUUGCCCAUGAUCGAUACGGGUAAGGUGUUUAAGGCUGAUGUCAAGGCCGAGCCCGAUCUAGGUGACGAGGAUGAGAUUCAGGCUCGACCCGGUCCCCGCAAGAAUCGCAUUCUCGACAGUGACGAGGAUGACGAAGAUAUCGAGGACGGUUCGAAAACGACCUCCAAAUUGAAGCCUGUGUCCGCCUUGGAGGCUAAAUCUGUGAUAGUGAGCAAGAAAGAUGAACCUCUGGCUGAUUUGACCUUUCCGGAUUUGGUACGAAAGCAAAAUGGGGAUCUCCUGUUUAUUCAGUUACCCGAUCACUUGCCGGGCUCAUUGAUCGUGAAGAAAGAGAAAUCCGGCGACUCAAAAGAGGGCGUCACUGCAGCGGAGAUGGAGGGGCCCUUCGAUUCUGAUGGCUCGAAAACGAGCAAGUGCACCUUGAACGAUUUGGCCGAAGGCUAUAUCGGCAAGAUACAAGUCAGAAAAUCGGGCAAGACCCAAUUGAAACUCGGCCAUGACCUUCUAGACGUCGAGCUCGGCACUCAAGUGGGAUUUCUUCAAGAUCUCGUGUCCAUCAAAACCACAACUAACCCUCGCGAAGUGGGCGAUAUGACCGUGUUAGGCCACGUCAAGAACCGGGUGGUGUUCACGCCCAAUUGGGACCAUUUGUUUAGCAGCUUUAGUGAACAAACACAGCCCGACGGAGAUUCCAGCUCUGAAAAUGGAGAUAGCUAAUAUUUCGCUACGCGAGCACCUUCAGGAGAUCCAUCAGCUUCAUCAAUUGCGGCUCCAAUAUAUUGGCAAUUUGUAUUGAUUAUUGCGCUGUUUUAUUACUCUUUCAUAAUAAAAUUAAAUUCAUUCUUUG